CAUAUUGUGCCAAGAUUUAACAUGGGUGGUCUGUUUCAAAUUAGAAGAACUGCAACUAUAAAAAGGUUAAGAGUCCUCCUGCGGAAUGAAGACCGUUAGAUUUUGACUGUUGACGCUAUUUUAAGUUGCUGACUCUUGGAAGAAGGGUAGGUGCAACCUGUAAUGGUUGAUGAAGCAGAGGCCUCUGUAUUUCCAAUGGCAUUCAGCACCGGGUGACCUCUUCAACAUAGUAUCAUCUGUAUUCAGCUUUUGAUCACUUAAUGAAUCUGAUGGCCGAUGCAUCCGUAUUGAACGACAUUAGUUUCGGAUCGUUUUGGUGGUGGGCAUAUGCGGGCAUUUCAGCUCUCCUGGUUAUGUUUGGAGGCAUUAUGUCGGGACUCACUCUCGGCUUAAUGUCUUUGGGCUUGGUCGACUUGGAGGUUCUUCAAACCAGUGGCACUUCCUCCCAGAAAAAACAAGCAGCUGUCAUUUUACCUGUCGUACAAAAGCAACAUCGGCUUCUCGUGACAUUGCUUCUUUGUAAUGCCAUUGCAAUGGAGGCUCUUCCGAUUUAUCUGGAUAAGAUCUUCAGCACUGUACUUGCUGUAAUACUUUCAGUGACUUUUGUCCUAGCUUUUGGGGAGGUUAUACCACAAGCAUUAUGUUCACAGUAUGGACUUGCUAUUGGUGCAAAUUUGGUUUGGCUUGUGCGAUUCCUUAUGAUUAUUUGCUAUCCUAUUGCCUAUCCAAUAGGCAAGGUUCUUGAUUGUGUAAUUGGUCAACAUGAAUCAGCAUUAUUUAGGCGUGCACAGUUGAAGGCUCUUGUUUCAAUUCAUGGGCAAGAGGCAGGUAAAGGAGGGGAGCUUACACGUGAUGAGACAACUAUCAUAAGUGGAGCACUUGAUCUUACUGAGAAGACUGCUGAGGAAGCUAUGACACCUAUUGAGUCAACCUUUUCUCUUGAUGUCAAUAGCAAGUUGGAUUGGGAAACAGUAGGAAAUAUUUUGGCACGAGGCCAUAGUCGUGUCCCUGUAUAUUCAGGAAAUCCCAAGAACAUUAUAGGACUUCUCUUGGUGAAAGGCCUUUUAACAGUACGACCAGAAACAGAAACUCCUCUAAGUGCUAUCUCAAUAAGGAGAAUACCCAGGGUACCAGCAGACAUGCCUCUAUAUGAUAUUCUCAAUGAAUUUCAGAAGGGAAGCAGUCAUAUGGCUGCAGUUGUGAAAACAAUUGGAAAAGAAAAACCUGCAAAUGGCAUUGAAGGGCGCCUGUUUCAUGACAGAGAGAACUCGAACAUUAAUUCUGAGGUAGUGGAUGGUCCAACUGAAAUUGUAAAUAUUGAGGUGGAAAAAGAUACAAAUGAGAAGGAUAACUUGCAAGAAAAAUCAAAUUUACAAGACAGCACAUUACCACUGAAACAUUAUGAAGAUUGUAACAAUAUAGAGGUUGGGCUUUCAGAGAAAAUGGAAGAGGUCAUUGGUAUCAUCACCCUUGAAGAUGUUUUUGAAGAGCUGUUACAAGAAGAGAUUGUGGAUGAAACGGAUGAGUAUGUCGAUGUGCAUAAAAGGAUACGUGUUGCAGCAGCAGUAGCAGCAUCUACAGUUGCACGUUAUCCUUCAAGGCGGAAUCUUGGUCGGACAGGAGGAGGACGACUAGGGCAUCAAGGUGGCUUGAGCCAACAGAAUUCGAUAGAAAUUUUGAGCACUUCAAAGUCGCCAGACGGGAUUAGAGAACCAUUGCUGGGAGCAAAAUGAACCUGUUGAAUGAUAAAACUUGUUUUUGGUUGAGUAUUAAUUAGGCAGCGAAUGGUGGUCAUCUAUACAGGAUUACUUGCCUUCAAUCUAAUAAGCCUCUUAUUGUAUACAAUUUUUAUUUUCCAAUUACAAUGGUAGUCAUCUGUACAGGAUUACUUGCCUUCAAUCUAAUAAGCCUCUUAUUGUAUACAAUUUUUAUGUUCCAAUUACAAUUCAUAUUCAAUAUGCAUAUAGUAAGACGAGAUGUAGUCGUUCUCGAAGCUGUAAAUGUAUUGUAUAGAUCAUGCCAUGUAUAUGGAAAAGAUUCAAUCACAACAUACUUUUUUGACCACCAUGGUUUCUGUAAUGCUUCAAUCUAUGAUAAUAACCUUAGUUUUUAUAUUA